AUGGCUGAGUUUGUCCGUGCUGAGAUCUUGGGUACGAAAUUCGAAUACACUACGAGGCAUAUAUGUGAACCCGCAGCCCAUUGCUCGGCCUUCGACCAGAUAACCCAGCAGCCAGUUGCAUUAAAGAAGAUCAUGAAGCCUUUUGACAGCUCGUCUCUGGCGAAGCGUACAUAUCGGGAAAUCAGGUUGUUGAAGUAUCUUCGACAUGAGAAUCUCAUUUGCCUGCGCGAUAUUUUCAUAUCUCCUUUGGAGGACAUCUACAUAGCUACAGAACUUCUAGGGACUGACCUCGGACGCCUUUUGAGCAUCAAACCUCUUGACAGCAAAUUCUCACAAUACUUCAUCUACCAGAUCCUACGAGGCCUGAAAUACAUCCAUUCCGCUAAUGUGAUUCACCGUGACCUGAAACCAACCAACAUUCUCAUCAACGAAAACUGCGAUUUGAAGAUAUGCGAUUUCGGUCUCGCCCGGCUGCAGGAGCCGCAGAUGACCGGCUACGUUGCAACCAGAUACUACCGCGCUCCAGAAAUCAUGCUAACAUGGCAGAGAUACGGAGUUCAAGUGGACGUUUGGAGUGCGGGCUGUAUCCUUGCUGAGAUGCUACGGGGUAAGCCACUUUUUCCUGGGAAGGACCACGUUCACCAGUUCCACCUCAUCACAAACGUCCUUGGAAAUCCUCCUGAUGCGGUGAUUGAGAAGAUCACCAGUAAGAACACUGUGAACUUUGUGAAAUCUUUGCCGUCACGAGAGCCUCGAGACUUAUCGACUGUCAUAAUGACACACACCUCUAUAGCCAUUGACCUUCUCAAGAAGAUGCUGGUUAUUGAUCCCGACACGAGAAUCUCCGCCCAAGACGCUCUGAGACAUCCCUACCUGGCUCCAUAUCAUGAUCCCACCGACGAGCCUGCAGCUUCAGGGCCUUUCGAUUGGUCAUUCGACAGCGCAGACUUCCCAAAGGAGACCUGGAAGAUAAUGAUAUAUUCCGAGGUCCUUGACUAUCUCAAUGUCGGCAAUCCAGCCGACCCAGCGCCGUUUGAUCCAUCUACCCCCUUUGAUCCGAGUGCUCUUGAGCGGGAGUUUUCAGAAUUUCUCAGUGAUUCGGGCCAAAUCUAG